UCGUCACGGUCUGAUGGUAAAUGAUAGGUAAUUUAUGAUUAGAAAUCUAUACGUUAUUCUUUAGUCGAACCAUGGUGUCGUGAAUGAACGUUGGAUAUUUUUUUUAGGAAUAGUUUAUUGAAAGUAUAUCUUAGAUCUACCAAAAGUAUAUAGAAUAUUGUGGAUCAGACAAGAUGGCGGGAUGUCAUAUAAUCCGAAUAGUGACAAUCACAUUAGUAUUAGUAUUAUCGACUCAAGCUGUAACUCAUUUUAAUCAAAUGUGGAAAAAAUUAUUAACAAGCCGUAAAUUUACAACAAUUACACCAGACAAUUUACAAAAAUAUUUUCCAGGAUAUUUUCGAACACCAUCAGAACAAUUAGAAUAUGAAAGACUGAUCUUAUAUGGGUCAAAAAAUAAAAUACCAGUGUCAACACAAAGUAUGGCACCUUAUAAUUACCAUUGUAAUGUAGACUGUCGGCGUAGAUAUGGACCAUUUCAUAACAUGAGAUUUAAACGACAAGCCAGAACAGGUUCAGGAAAUAACGAUGAUUUUAUGCACGCAUGUUGUGUAACAAAUGUUUUCUUCGAAACACCAGAUCUAAAACCCAGUGUGAACGGUGAUAAUAGAAAUUUACUCCAUCUACCUGGAAUGAGACAGGUUUUCAAAGUAGAAAAUUGCAGUCAAGCUGUUGGGUGUACCGGUUGCAGAUGUAUGCAUGAACAGGCUUUAGCUUCAGCAGUGGUUAUUAAACAGCACAUUCCACCUUCUUUAGCAGAUCAAAUGGACGAUUUGGAAAUUGACUUAUUUUAUUUUAAUGGUUGUUGCAAAUGCGUCAACUACGGUUAAGGGAUAUUUGAUGUGAUGCCAUUUUAACGUUUUUUGGUUGUUCGACUUCACUCAACUUGUUCUUAAAACAAUGUGUAAAUAAUUUAACAUUUUGAACAGUAUUCAUCCAACAAAAAUUUCAUAGAAGAAAUAAUUAUGGAUAUCACCUAUCAAUGAAGUAGCACAAUUUAUUAAUUUUCAAAGCUACAUUGUAUAAAUAUGAAGUCGUGGAUUUGAUUUCUGUCCAAAAGAGAAACUACUUCAUUCUUAAUAAGUUUAUUUGGUAAAUCAAUUUGAUAAGUUUGUGAGUGCGUUUUACUUUUUAAUUAAAAAUCCUUCGUGGUAAAAAAUACCACAAUGCUUAAAACAAUCAUUUUGAAAAGUCAUGUGGACUUGCGUUUUAUUUAACAUAAUCUAAAUUUCAUGAAAAAAUUAUUUAUGGAAAUCUAAGUAUAUAAAUAAAACUUAAAUCUCUUUUAUUCACUUAUAUAUAGCAUAGAUAGUUUGCACUGCAUAUACAAUAUCAACACAUAUAUACCUUUGGUCAUAAAUUUCAUUCACAUAUAUCUCAAUAUAUUUUAUAUUUGAAUGAAUUGAAACGUUGAACGUACGUUUUCUUAAACACUUCUUAAAUGCGACAAUUCUCAGCACUGUGUCAUAGUUUUAUAGAAUUGAAUUACAAAGUAUACAUUAUUUUAAAUACAAUUGUAAAAAGAUGUUUCUCGGAAUUUCUGUGUUUUUUAAACGCACAAUUAACUCAGGAAUCCAUAUCCAAAUAGAAUUUCAAAUAGAACAGGGACAUCAACGUCCAUUGCAACCCAUAGAAAUGAAAUUUUAUUCUUUAAUUAUGAUUUGUUAAAAUUAAAACCAAGAUGUAACAUACAAAUAUGGAAUCAAACCUUUAUGUUAUGACCAAACGGUAUAUUGCUUAUAUGUACACAUCCACAGUAUAUAGAUAUAUUCAUAUUUACACGCAUUAUAUUGAAACACACACGCAUUGUUUUGAAACACACACGCAUUGUUCUGAAACACACACGCAUUGUAUUGAAACACAACUGCGGCAUGUGCCUUGUUCACGAAAAAAGAGUAUUGUCUGCUAGUGAAAAGUUGAUAAAAAGCAUUGAGAAGAUUUUUUUUUUAAGGCAAAUAUGACCUUUCUUGAAAAAAUUGUUUAUAAAUUUUGAAAAUGAUUGAAAAAAGGUUUUAACUCCUUAAGUCAACAUAUUUGGUAUGUUUGUUUUGUAAGAAUACCCUCUCAAUCAAAUAUUUUUUCUGAAGUAUAUUUUCCUGCAAAUCAAUUAGCUACAUUUAUAUUUUGAAUAUACGUGUAUCACUGACAAAAACGUUUUCAUUUGUAUCUAUAAAAAAAAUAAAAAUUGCAAUUUGAAUACUUUUAAGACAAGUAAAAGUAACCUCCGACCAAAUGAGGUGAUGCACACAAGUUAUUCUGAAAUAUCAAACGUAAUUAAAUGCAAAGUUAUAUUCUGCAACAAUUUGUUGUCUCUUUGCAAAACAUAAUUUUUGCAUUUGAUAUUUUAGAACUAUAUUCGUAGCAUGUGUAACCAUUAUAGUUUCCACUACCACCAAGUUCUCUUUCAUUCCCUCAAAGAAAAGUUAUAGGGAAUAAAAAUAAAAAUUCAACUUGUGAUCAGUGCAGAAGAAAUGUAAACGAAUAUCAGUUGAUGACAAGCAUCAUGCUAAAUUGAAAGUAAGCAUAAAAAAGCCGAUGCGAGCAGGUCAUUUUUAUCAGAUAUCAGUGCAGACCUCUGUUAUUCGUGAAUGAAUGUGUUGUCAAUGUGUUGUCAAUGUUUGUAUUAUUUGUUAUGUAUUAUCUGUUAUGUAUUUUCGUUUUUUUUUGUUUUCAUCAGACACUUUUAUCCUUCUUAUAAUCACAUUCUGUGGCAAAUGUAUGCUUUUCUGUGUAUGAACGAGGUAUUGCAACAUGUCCGAAUAAUGCAACUAAUAACAUAAUGGUUAUGCAAUUCUUUCAUUUUGAAAGUACAUAAUGUAAUAUGAUCUUCCCUAGUGUCACUUUCACACAAUUCCACACACUGUUUGUAAAAUGUUCGUUACAAUCAAACGACAUUUGAAAAUUUUACAGUCUGAUAAAGAAUAUCGUUUCGCUUUUGAAGAUAUAAAGUUGAAUAAAUAUAUUCAAUUCUUUAAAACUACAAUUUUCCCUUGAACAUAUUACCAACAUAGUUUUAAUAAAAAUUCAUCAACUUGAA